ACAAUCUUGAAGAACUUAUAUAUGAACUGGACGAUCUUGAGGAACUUGUAGCUCUGCAUUUUCAAGAUGAUGAAGAAAAUAACCAUACUGAUUUUUCAGCGAUAAUUGAACUAAAUCAUGAAUUUAUUGAGAAAACAUUAUCAAAUGAGAUGGAUCAGAAUAAAAUCAGUAAAGACAGCUUUCACCAUAUUAUAGAUAUUUUACUGAUUUCAAUUGAAGCAGAAUCAUGA